CUUCGCAACUGCAACUCUCCGGUCGAAGAGCAGCUACAGAACAAACAAUGACGAACAAGGAAGAGAGACAAAAUCCCCCGGUUGAAAACGCGGCGGAGGAUGAUGAUGAUGAGCCAGACGAGUGGGAGAAGCGGAUCAACAGAACCGGCUGUGCGGACGAGCAGAUGACCUUGAACGAUUGCGUCUAUCAGAAGAAAGACUGGCGCAGUUGCCAAAAGGAGAUGGAAGCCUUCCGCGAAUGCUGGAAACAGCAGGGCAACGACCAGCGCACGCAGACGCAGGAUGCUUAGGACUAGGGUAACUUGGCCGGCGACUAUCCCAUCAGUGUACUCUAAAGACUUCCACUUAAAGUGAUCUAUAACCAAAUCGCAACUCCUCCAGCC